AUGAUCACGGUUGAUCACAAGAGCGACACUGUAUUGUUACCAAUAUACGGCAGGAUGGUUCCAUUCAACGUGACUACAAUAAGAACAGUCUUAGGCAAUCAAAACACCAUCCGUGUAAUAUUCAAUGUCCCGGGUACACCCUUAAACCCUAAUGACUCUUUGAAAAACAAGGACGCUAUCUACCUCAAGGAGGUUUCAUUCCGGACCAAGGAUUCAAGGCAUAGCAGCGAUGUAGUUCAACAGGUUAAGAGCCUCAGACGGAAAGUCAUGGCACGGGAGUCAGAGAGAGCUGAGAGAACUUCACUGGUGAACCAAGAAAAACUUCAGAUUGUAAGGAACAACUCAAAACCCUUAAGUUUGUCCAAUCUGUGGAUCCGUCCGCCUUUUAGUGGACGCAAGAAGAAUCGUGGGACACUUGAAGCUCAUGUCAAUGGUUUUAGGUAUUCAACGACCAACGAGCGCGUUGAUGUCCUGUUUGCAAACAUAAAGCAUGCGUUUUUUCAGCCGGCGGAGAAGGAGAUGACCACCCUCUUACAUUUUCAUCUCCACAACCACAUCAUGGUAGGAACCAAGAAAACAAAAGACGUACAGUUUUAUGUGGAGGUAAUGGAUGUUGUGCAGUCUUUAGGAGGUAGGAGGAGAUCAUCAGCUUAUGAUGCAGAUGAGAUUGUUGAAGAACAGAGAGAGCGCGAUAGGAAAAAUAAGAUCAACAUGGAUUUCAAUCACUUUGCAAAUCAGGUCAACGAUAUGUGGCAACUACCCCAGUUUGCAAGUUUGAGCUUAGAGUUUGAUCAACCUCUGAGAGAGUUUGGUUUCAAUGGUGUCCCCCACAAGACAUCUACCUUCAUAAUACCGACCUCAAGCUGCUUAGUUGAGCUGACAGAAUCCCCGUUCUUGGUGGUCUGUCUAAGUGAGAUUGAGAUUGUGAAUCUUGAGAGAGUUGGGUUUGGUCAAAAGAGCUUUGACAUGGCUAUCAUCUUCAAGGACUUGAAGAAAGAUGUUCUUAGGGUUGACUCAGUUCCAACAAGUUAGUUAGAGGGGAUAAAGGAAUGGCUUGACACUACAGAUAUAAAGUACUACGAGAGCAAACUGAAUCUGAACUGGAGACAGAUCCUGAAGACGAUCACGGAUGAUCCGCAGAGCUUUACAGAUGCUGGAGGAUGGGAGUUUUUGAAUCAGGACGGAAGCGAUUCAGAGUCUGGCGGCUCUGAGGACUCAGACAAAGGGUAUGAACCAUCAGAUGUGGAGGUUGAGUCUGAGUCAGAGGACGAGACAUCAGAGAGUGAGUCAGACGAUGAAGAAGAAGAAGAGGACUCAGAGCAAGAGUCAGAGGAAGAGAAAGGUAAGACUUGGGCUGAGCUGGAGAGAGAAGCUACUAAUGCAGACAGAGAGCAUGGAGUUGAGUCUGAUAGUGAGGAAGAGAGGAAGAGAAGGAAGAUGAAAGCGUUUGGGAAAUCGCGUCCUGGAAGUAGCGGUGCAGGCGGUAGUAGCAGCAUGAAGAACAUGCCACCAUCUAAACGCAGCAGGCACCGGUGA